AUGGAUACUUCAAUGUCUGCAAAGGACGUACGAAAUGCCUAUAUAAAUUUCUUCAAAGAAAAGGAACAUGUCUAUGUACACUCAUCAUCUACGAUACCAUUAGAUGAUCCUACUCUUCUUUUUACUAAUGCUGGUAUGAAUCAGUAUAAACCAAUAUUCCUUGGAACAGUAGAUCCAAAUAGUGAUUUAUCAAAAUUAUUACGUGCUGUAAAUACUCAAAAAUGCAUUAGAGCCGGAGGAAAACAUAAUGAUUUAGACGAUGUCGGCAAAGACGUUUAUCAUCAUACCUUCUUUGAAAUGAUGGGGAACUGGUCUUUCGGUGAUUAUUUCAAAAAGGAAGUUUGUACGUGGGCAUGGGAAUUUUUAACAGAGCGGCUUAAACUACCAUCUGACCGUCUGUACGUAACAUACUUUGGAGGGGACGAACCUUCAGGUUUGGAACCAGAUAUUGAAUGUAAACAGAUUUGGCUAGAUCUUGGUGUGAAACCUACCCAUGUUUUACCUGGCUCAAUGAAAGACAACUUUUGGGAAAUGGGUGAAACGGGUCCUUGCGGUCCUUGUUCAGAAUUACACUUUGACAGAAUUGGAGGCAGAGAAGUGCCAGAACUGGUUAACCAGGAUGACCCUGAUGUUCUGGAAAUUUGGAAUCUUGUGUUCAUUCAGUUCAACCGUGAGACUGACGGCAGUUUAAAAUCUCUACCUAAAAAGCAUAUAGACUGUGGUCUUGGACUCGAACGUUUAGUUUCAGUAAUUCAGAAUAAAAGAUCAAAUUAUGACACUGAUUUAUUUACGCCUCUGUUUGAAGCUAUACAGAAGGGAACGGGUGCUCCACAGUAUCAGGGAAGAGUUGGUGAUGCCGAUAAAGAUGGCAUAGAUAUGGCUUACAGAGUUCUAGCCGAUCAUGCUAGGACAUUGACCAUUGCUCUGUCUGAUGGUGGAAACCCUGACAAUACUGGGAGAGGAUAUGUACUACGUCGUAUCUUAAGAAGAGCGGUAAGAUAUGCUACAGAAAAACUCAAUGCCAAACCAGGUUUCUUUUCAACGUUGGUUAACACAGUGGUUGAUAUUUUGGCUGAUACUUUCCCGGAGGUUCGAAAAGAUCCUCAAGGCAUUAUUGACACUAUUAAUGAGGAAGAGGAGCAGUUCCUAAAAACGUUGUCUAGAGGAAGGAAUCUACUGAAUAGAACCAUAUCCAAGCUCGGGGACAAUAAUACUCUUCCUGGAGAUGUUGCAUGGAGGUUGUAUGACACUUACGGUUUUCCCGUUGACCUUACAACUCUUAUGGCAGAGGAGAAAGGUCUUGCUGUUGAUAUGAAUGCUUAUGAAGACGCCAAAAAACAGGCACAACUGUUGUCUCAGGGCAAAGGAAGUGGUGUAGCUGAUACCAUUAAUCUUGAUGUUCAUGCCAUUACUGAGCUACAAGGGAAAGGAGUACCGCCAACAGAUGAUUCUUAUAAAUAUAAUUAUGAAUCUACCGAUAAAGUAGACUCUGACUAUACGUUUAAACCGUGUGAGGCAACGGUUAUUGCUCUAAGGUACAACAAACAAUUUGUGGACGAAGUUCGGACAGGGCAAGAGUGUGGUGUCCUACUCGAUAAGACCAACUUUUACGCUGAACAAGGAGGGCAAAUAUACGACACGGGAUAUUUUAUAAAAGUAGGGGACGAGAGUGUGGAAUUUUCUAUAAAAAAUGUACAAGUUAGAGGUGGUUAUGUAAUACAUAUCGGCAGUUUGGAAGGAACUUUACGAAAAGGCGAUCAAGUUAGUUUAUAUGUCGAUACAUCGAGGAGGAGGUUAAUUAUGAGCAAUCACACUGGAACGCACGUUUUAAAUUAUGCUCUUAGGAAAGUUCUGGGAACCGAAGCCGAUCAGAGAGGAUCUCUAGUAGCACCAGAUAGAUUACGUUUCGAUUUUACUAAUAAAGGAGCGCUCACCAGUGAACAAGUGAAAAAUACCGAACUUAGUUCGAAAGGUAUGAUUUCUAAAAAUGAACCAGUGUAUGCUAAAGAAGCCAACUUAGCUGUGGCAAAAACAGUUCGAGGUCUCCGAGCUGUUUUUGAGGAAACUUAUCCUGAUCCCGUAAGGAUAGUUUCAAUUGGUAUACCUGUAGAACAAUUAGAGUCGGAUCCUUUUGGACCAGCUGGCGAUAACACUUCUAUUGAAUUUUGUGGAGGUACUCACGUUCAGUAUUCUGGACAUAUUGGAGAUUUCGUCAUUGCUAGCGAAGAAGCUAUUGCAAAAGGAAUAAGAAGAAUAGUUGCUUUAACAGGACCCGAGGCCACCAAAGCAUUGAAGAAAACUGAACUGCUAGAAAAGAGGUUGAAUGAAAUAAAAACUGUUAUAGAAUUGGAUAAGGAAGGAGCAAAAUCUAAAGAAAACGUGAAGAAAAUCGUCGAACUUACUGAUGAAGUAUCGCAAGCAGUUAUACCUUACUGGAAGAAGGAAGAAAUCAGAAAUACUUUAAAAAAUCUUAAGAAAACCUUGGAUGAUAAGGAUCGAGCUGCCAAGGCUGCUAUCGCAAAUCAAGUUGUGGAACAAAUAAAAGAAUUUGUGAAGGAAAAUCCUAAUUUGCCUAUUUUAGUGAAAGAGCUUAAAGCUUUCAAUAACACAAAAGCUCUAGAUACAGCAUUAAAGCAGGUUCGUAGUUUAAGUCCAAACACUUCAGCAUUGUUUAUAACAGUAGAUCAAGAUUCCAAUAAAGUGUUUUGCUUAUCAUCGGUUCCAAAAGAUGCUAUAGGAAAAGGGUUGAAAGCUAACGAAUGGGUUCAGGAAGUUGCGAAAAAACUGGGUGGGAAAGGAGGUGGAAAACCUGAUUCUGCCCAGGCUUCUGGCAGUAACUCAGUGUACAUCACCGAUAUCUUGUCUUUAGCAAAGAAGUUUGCAGAAUCCAAGCUUUCUUAAGUUAUAACUAUGUUAAUGUCUGAAUUCUGCAUUUGCCAUUGCAUUUUAGUAUAUCUCCAAGUAUAAAAGGGUUAAUGGUUAAAUUAUUUUAUAAGUAAUUUCCUUUUUAAUAAAGAUUUUUACCAUUAA